AAAAAAACCCCCCCUAACCAGCUUUAAGUAGAACACGAAAUGUCGACUGAAAUUACUAAAGACGAAGCUGCAAUUUAUGACCGACAAAUUAGACUCUGGGGUCCUGAGGCACAAAAAAGAAUUGGUCAAGCCAGCAUUCUCAUUGCUGGCAUGCGUGCUCUAAGUGAUGAAGUCUGCAAAAAUCUCGCUUUAGCAGGUGUUGCAAGUAUUACGUUAUUAGACCAUGAACUUGUAACGGAAUUUGACUUGGGCGCACAAUUCUUUUUAACCGAAGAAAACGUCGGACAAAACAAAGCAAAAGCGUCCGCUCCUUUUAUCGAGAACUUAAAUCCUCGUGUGAAGGUCUUUGUGGAUCAGGAAAAUAUUAAUGAAAAGACUGAUGAUUAUUUCGAAUCUUUUACAGUUGUUUGCUUAGUCCAUUCUAACUACAACAUUAUGAGUCGUGUGGACAAGGUGAGAAGAAACGUUAAUAAGCCAUUUUAUGCUGGUGACGUUUUUGGGUGGUACGGCUACAUAUUUUGCGAUUUAGCUGAGCACACAUAUGUUCAAGUGAAGAAGUCUGGACCUUCAGAAAAUCCCAAAGUUGAACAUACACCUGUUACAGUCAAUUACCCUAGCUUGGAAGAUUCAUUAAGAAAGAGUUGGGCAGGAGCAAGACCUAAAGAGUUGAAAAAACUUUCCCCUUUAGUUCUUUUGGUUCACAUUUUGCUUAAUUUUCAAAAGGAGCACAACAGAUCACCUACAGAAUCCGAUGCUGUGGCCCUAAUUUCAUCUAAAAAGAACUACUUAGAAUCAAUUGGUAUAAAUGAUUUUAACCGUUUGAGCGACGAUCUUUUAGAAGAGCUGGCUAGCUCUUAUCAUGCCGAAAUUAUUUCGGUUGCCUCCAUUGUUGGUGGCAUCUUAUCUCAAGAUAUUAUCAGAGCUCUUGCUAGAAACGAGCUGACCAUCGAUAAUUACUAUCACUUUAAUGCAAAAGAUUGUACCGGUACCAUAAUUAAGCUAUAAAUUACUAUACGAUGGACUUUCUAUCAACUCUAUAUCCCCUCUUAACAAUAUUGAAAAAAGUAUGCAGUCGAGCUUAAAAAAGCAAUAAAAAUGUAUAGUAAUACGCUAUUGGAACACUAAUUUUGUAAAAUAAGCAGCGAGAGGAUGUAAUAAAAUAAGGCUUGGAUAACGCCAAAAGUC